AUGUACAAGCGCAACAAGCAGCAGCCCUACGACGCCUUCCUGGUGCUCGAUGUAGAGGCCACUUGUGUAGAGGGCGCCGGAUUUGAUUACCCCAACGAGAUCAUAGAAUGGCCAGUGUGUCUUCUACGCUGGAAGGACCGAGACACCAAAGGGAAAGCACGAGAGGAGCUCGAAGUUGUCGACGAAUUCCGUAGCUUCGUGCGCCCCACAUGGCGCCCUCAGCUCUCCGACUUCUGCACGACCUUAACAGGCAUAACCCAGGAGCAGGUUGACCACGCGCCGCCCUUCCCCGAAGUCCUGGAGCACUUCCGCGGCUUCCUCGCGAAACACCAGUUGAUCGACGACGCGACGGGGCGCCGCCUCGCCCGCUUCUGCUUCUGCAGUGACGGUCCGUACGACGUGCGCGACUUCGUGAUUGCCCCACCCGCGUGGCUCACUUCCGACGUCGUCGACGUCCGUCGCGUAGUGGGCGAAUGGCACGCGAGCGCGACGGCAGGCGCAGACAGAAGCGCAGAACGUCGACCUCCGCAGUCCGGCGCAUUUCCCCUCCCACGACGGGUGACGCUCUCCAUCCCGCGCCAGCUGCAUGCGCUCGGGCUGGAGCCUUUCGAGGGCCGACCGCACAGCGGCAUCGACGACACACGCAACAUCGCCCGCCUCGUCGUCGAACUUGCUCGACGUGGCUGGAAGCUCGAGCCCAACACCCCUAUCAACCCAAACCGUCGGUGGCCAUGGAUGGGGAAGCGCGGGCGGAUUCUCGAGGAGUACUAUCCAUAG